GUCCAUUGAAAUUCUUGAAAUAUAUGAUUAGCAGCAAUUAAAAGCUAACAGAAGUGGUUGGAAAUCAAAUUCCAUCACUACCUAUUCUGCAGAUCUAUCAACCAAAACUGAAUGCCUCUAGAACCAAUAAUGCACAAGAAUUUUACUGGCCGCUCAUUUCCUAGAAGUUCUCGUGGUGAAAAGGAGGGCAUAGAAAUAGAACUCGAGAAUGGACAAACUGAGGAAGGCGACACGAUCCGCCGCGCCGCGCAGUUACAGUCUCCUCUUACAGAUCAACCAGAACAGAAGCAGAGAAAAGCCACAGCCAAAGAGCCACUCGGCCAGUUUUCUCUCGUCACCCAUUUCCCAUUCCCCAGCCGCUGGAAAAACCUGCAACAAAAAGCGUAAAAGGGCGCGCCAGAGGAUAACGAUCAACGAGAUUUUAUCACCUUCUAUAAACUAUUACCUCGAGUUUCACAACUUCUUGUUCACCACUUUCCCUUUUGAUAUGAACCCUUUUCUUGCCUUCCCUCCUUCCUUCGAACCCUACAAUUCGUUUCUCAACUUGACUUUUUAGAACCAGCAGAAGGGUACUUCGAAUUGGGCAACCCUUUUCCCGGGUUUUUUCUGUCAUCCCCGCCAUCACCAUGGACGUCGCCUCUCGUCCGCUCCACUCUCCGCUUCUCCUCAGUUGUAGAAGACCGUGGAGCUCUUCUUUAUCGCAUUCGUCAACGUUCUCGUCAUAUAGAGGACAGUCCAGCAUAAAGCUUCCAACUUUGACUAGUACCAGUAUCUCUGCUCUAAGUAGUUUUUCAUGCCUUUCAAGGAAGCACACAACUUUGCCUUGGUGUUGUACUUCUGAAGAGCAGUUCAACGCGCCAACGUGUUUCAAUGGUACAAUAUCGAAGCAUACUAAGUUGUUCACACGAAUCGUUGCACAAUCUGAGCUUGCUGGUGUUGGGAUUACAGAUACCGACAUUAAUCCAUCAUCCGGUCUCUCUCUCUCUCCCUCAAUGAAUUUAUUUCGCUGUUUAGUUCUGUGCUUCAAUUCUUGUCUAACUAUUGCCUUUCGGAAUGCAGAGGUUAGUCUGCUCUCGAAAGCCAGAGGAAUUGGCUUCUAUACAGUCACUGCUAUUGCUGCAUUGCUCCUUAUUGUUCUGAUGCUAGUGCAACACCCUCUCGUGCUUUUGGCUGAUCGAUACAGAAGAAAAGCUCAUCACCUUGUUGCAAGUGUCUGGGCAACGAUAACAGUAAACCCAUUUUUCAAAAUCGAGUUUGAAGGAGUGGAGAAUCUGCCACCUUCAGACACACCAGCAGUCUAUGUUUCUAAUCAUCAGAGCUUCUUAGAUAUAUACACUCUCCUCACUCUAGGAAGAAGCUUUAAGUUCAUCAGCAAGACCGCGAUUUUCCUGUACCCGGUUAUUGGAUGGGCCAUGUCCAUGCUCGGUACAAUUCCUCUCAAGCGCAUGGACAGCAGGAGCCAGUUGGAGUGUCUUAAACGAUGCAUAGACUUGGUGAAUAAGGGGGCAUCAGUCUUCUUCUUUCCUGAGGGGACUCGUAGUAAAGACGGUAAAUUGGGUGCUUUCAAGAAAGGUGCAUUCAGCAUUGCAGUGAAAACUGGAGUGCCAGUAGUCCCCAUGACGCUUAUUGGAACCGGAGGGAUCAUGCCUCCCGGAAAAGAAGCCAUCUUGAAUAUGGGUUCUGUGAAGGUUAUCAUUCAUAAGCCGAUACAAGGAAAUGAUGCAGCAGCUCUCUGCGAGGAAGCUAGAACAGUAAUUGCAGGUCCACUUAACCAGCAAAGUUAGCAAGAUAUCUUCCAAUCCUGCCAUCAUUCCAGUCCGAAAGUUUUGGAACUCACUCAACACCAUCAACAGAAGCUUUUUCCAUAGUAGGAAAGGAAAUAACAGAAGCUAUCAAGGCAGGACUGAGAGUCCCAUUUUCUGGAAGUCUGACUGCGGAGUCUGAGAAGUUUGAUUGGGACGAUGUCGAUGUAUAGCCAUUAAUCAUUCUCCGGCCACGGCAGGGUCUGUUCGCAGCAGAUGAUCUCAGCUCCAUUUGAGUCUUCACUCUGCAGGCCAAAGGCUUUCUUGAGCAGCUGGUGAUGAGUAUGGAAUUCUACCAUUGUAUUUCUUUUUGGAAAUUCUUUUGGAAGUGUACUUUCUGUUCCCUUUUGUCAUUUCUUUUUUGGCUUAAAACAAUUUGCAAUUUGUGAAUGGCCAGACUGAGAAAGGAAUCAAGGAAACUAAUAAUGCCAGAAGUGUGGAUACUUGGAAAGAGUAUCCCAUAGUUUGUUUGAUUUCAGACUUUAUUUUGUGAGAUAGGAUAAUCUUAAAAAUUCCAAAUAUGCCAAGAAUUGGCUGUGUUUGUAAC